UUUGAUUUGAUUAGUAGUAGUACCCUUUUCUUAACUGUUGUUGCUGCUGGUGGCUGUAGAAUCAAAACAUGAGUGGCGACAAAGCUAUCAGUCUUGAAGAGAUCAAGAACGAGACUGUUGAUCUGGAAAAAAUACCGAUCGAGGAAGUGUUUGAGCAGCUGAAAUGUACCAGAGAAGGAUUGACUGCGGAAGAGGGAGCCAACAGGCUUCAGAUUUUUGGACCCAACAAGCUAGAGGAGAAAAAGGAAAGCAAAAUUCUCAAGUUUUUGGGGUUCAUGUGGAAUCCCCUCUCAUGGGUCAUGGAAGCUGCUGCCAUCAUGGCCAUUGCUUUGGCCAACGGUGAUGGGAAGCCCCCGGAUUGGCAAGACUUUGUCGGUAUUGUUUGUUUGUUGGUAAUUAACUCUACCAUCAGUUUCAUUGAAGAAAACAAUGCUGGCAAUGCUGCAGCUGCUCUUAUGGCUGGUCUUGCUCCAAAAACCAAGGUGCUUAGGAAUGGCAAGUGGAGUGAGCAAGAAGCAGCAAUUCUGGUUCCGGGAGACAUCAUUAGCAUUAAGUUGGGAGAUAUCAUCCCUGCUGAUGCCCGUCUUCUUGAAGGUGAUCCUUUGAAGGUUGAUCAAUCUGCCCUAACAGGAGAAUCACUUCCUGUGAGCAAGAAUCCUGGGGAUGAAGUCUUCUCUGGUUCAACUUGCAAACAGGGUGAAAUCGAAGCUGUUGUUAUUGCUACCGGUGUUCAUACCUUCUUUGGGAAGGCAGCACAUCUUGUGGAUAGCACCAACCAAGUAGGACACUUCCAAAAGGUGCUCACUGCUAUUGGAAACUUCUGUAUUUGUUCCAUUGCCGUUGGUAUGUUGGUUGAGAUCAUAGUCAUGUAUCCAAUUCAGCACCGCAAGUACAGGGAUGGAAUCGAUAAUCUCUUGGUUCUCUUGAUUGGUGGUAUUCCCAUUGCUAUGCCCACUGUUUUGUCUGUCACCAUGGCCAUUGGAUCUCACAGGCUGUCUCAACAAGGUGCUAUCACCAAGCGUAUGACUGCCAUUGAAGAAAUGGCCGGUAUGGAUGUCCUUUGUAGUGAUAAGACAGGAACACUGACACUUAACAAGCUGAGUGUUGAUAAAAACUUGAUUGAGGUGUUUGUAAAGGAUGCGGAUAAGGAGCAUGUUGUCCUGCUUGCUGCAAGGGCCUCUAGAAUAGAAAAUCAAGAUGCUAUUGAUGCUGCCAUUGUUGGAAUGCUUGCUGACCCUAAGGAGGCAAGAGCUGGUAUUAGAGAGGUGCACUUCUUUCCUUUCAAUCCUGUGGACAAGAGAACUGCUUUGACCUACAUUGAUUCCAACGGCAACUGGCACCGAGCGAGCAAAGGUGCUCCCGAACAGAUCUUGGUGCUUUGCAAUGCAAAAGAAGAUCUUAAAAAGAAGGUUCAUUCUAUCAUUGACAAGUUUGCUGAUCGUGGGCUACGGUCAUUAGCUGUUGCCAGACAGCAAGUGCCAGAAAAAACAAAAGAAAGUGCUGGAACUCCGUGGCAGUUUGUAGGUUUGUUGCCUCUGUUUGAUCCUCCAAGGCAUGACAGUGCAGAAACCAUUCGCAGAGCUCUUCAUCUUGGUGUGAAUGUCAAGAUGAUCACGGGUGAUCAACUUGCAAUUGCCAAGGAGACUGGCCGCAGACUUGGAAUGGGAACAAACAUGUAUCCAUCUGCUUCUUUGCUAGGUCAAGACAAGGAUGCAAGCAUAGCUGCCCUUCCUGUGGAAGAAUUGAUUGAGAAGGCAGAUGGGUUUGCUGGCGUGUUUCCAGAGCACAAAUACGAAAUUGUGAAGAAGUUGCAGGCGAGGAAGCACAUUUGUGGAAUGACUGGAGAUGGUGUUAAUGAUGCUCCUGCUUUAAAGAAGGCAGAUAUUGGUAUAGCUGUGGCUGAUGCUACAGAUGCCGCACGAAGUGCUUCAGACAUUGUUCUUACCGAACCUGGACUCAGUGUUAUUAUCAGUGCAGUGUUAACUAGCAGAGCAAUUUUCCAGAGGAUGAAAAACUACACUAUAUAUGCGGUCUCCAUCACAAUCCGUAUUGUGUUUGGAUUUAUGCUUAUUGCUCUCAUCUGGAAGUUCGAUUUUUCUCCAUUCAUGGUUUUGAUCAUUGCUAUUCUAAAUGAUGGAACUAUUAUGACAAUCUCAAAGGAUAGAGUAAAGCCAUCACCCUUGCCUGAUAGCUGGAAACUGAAAGAAAUUUUUGCCACUGGAAUUGUGCUUGGAGGCUACUUGGCAUUGAUGACUGUCAUAUUCUUCUGGGCUAUGCAUGAUAAUAACUUCUUUACGUUCAUUUUUUAUUUCGGUUUAGUCUCAAACAGUUCCUAUCCACGAAUACAGGACAAAUUUGGUGUUAGGUCUCUAAGGGGCAGGGAGCAUGAAAUGAUGGCUGCUUUAUAUUUACAAGUGAGCAUUGUGAGCCAGGCUCUAAUUUUUGUGACCAGAUCGCGUAGCUGGUCCUUUGUUGAGCGUCCUGGACUGCUGUUGGUCACAGCCUUCAUGAUUGCACAGCUGGUUGCUACUUUGAUUGCUGUAUAUGCUAACUGGGGAUUUGCAAGGAUUAAAGGAAUUGGUUGGGGAUGGGCGGGUGUCAUAUGGCUUUACAGUAUUGUUUUCUACAUUCCACUGGAUCUAAUGAAGUUUGCCAUUCGUUACAUCUUAAGUGGAAAAGCUUGGCUCAACUUACUCGAAAAUAAGACUGCGUUCACCACCAAGAAAGAUUAUGGCAAGGAAGAGAGAGAAGCUCAAUGGGCUCUUGCUCAAAGGACAUUACAUGGGCUUCAACCACCAGAAACUACAAAUCUCUUCAAUGACAAGAACAGCUAUAGAGAAUUGUCUGAGAUUGCUGAACAGGCCAAGAGACGAGCAGAAGUUGCAAGGCUUAGAGAGCUUCAUACCCUCAAAGGGCAUGUCGAGUCGGUGGUGAAGCUGAAGGGGCUGGACAUUGAUACAAUCCAGCAACAUUAUACAGUUUAG